CGACGGGCGCUUUGGGUGGCCGCGGCCAUGAAGCCGCAGCCGCCGGGCUAGGCCCCGGGCGGCUCCAGCCCUGGGCGGCCCGCAGAGGGCUGGGCCCAGCCCCCGGCUCCGGUUCCCGGGCCGGCGGGCGGCCGCUCACCAUGCCCGGCAAGCACCAGCACUUCCAGGAACCCGAGGUCGGCUGCUGCGGGAAAUACUUCCUGUUUGGCUUCAACAUCGUCUUCUGGGUGCUGGGAGCCCUGUUCCUGGCCAUUGGUCUCUGGGCCUGGGGUGAGAAGGGUGUUCUCUCCAACAUCUCGGCGCUGACAGAUCUGGGAGGCCUUGACCCUGUGUGGCUGUUUGUAGUGGUAGGAGGCAUCAUGUCGGUGCUGGGCUUUGCCGGCUGCAUUGGGGCCCUCCGGGAGAACACCUUCCUGCUCAAGUUUUUCUCCGUGUUCCUUGGCCUCAUCUUCUUCCUGGAGCUGGCAACAGGGAUCCUGGCCUUCGUCUUCAAGGACUGGAUUCGAGACCAGCUCAACCUCUUCAUCAACAACAAUGUCAAGGCCUAUCGGGACGACAUUGACCUCCAGAACCUCAUUGACUUUGCUCAGGAAUACUGGUCUUGCUGCGGAGCCCGAGGGCCCAACGACUGGAACCUCAAUAUCUACUUCAACUGCACUGACGUGAACCCGAGCCGGGAACGCUGCGGGGUGCCCUUCUCCUGCUGCGUCAGGGACCCUGUGAUGUCCUCAACACUCAGUGUGGCUACGAUGUUCGGCUCAAACUGGAGCUGGAGCAGCAGGGCUUCAUCCACACCAAAGGCUGCGUGGGCCAGUUUGAAAAGUGGCUGCAGGACAACCUGAUCAUCGUGGCUGGGAUCUUUGUGGGCAUCGCCCUCCUCCAGAUCUUUGGUAUCUGCCUGGCCCAGAACCUCGUGAGUGACAUCAAGGCAGUGAAGGCCAACUGGUGAGGCUGCCACGCUGGCCAUGGCCACUCGCCUGGCUGACCCAGGGACCCCCCCCCCCCCAACUCUGCCCGUGAUGGGCAAGGCUGCAGGAGGUGUUUCUGCUUGGACCUGAACCCCACAUGGGGCUUGCGUGCCUCUGGGCGUGCACCCACGGAGAGAGCUGCAUGGCUCUGCCUGGGCUGCCUGUCCUGUAGCUGUGUGCACGGAGGGUGGGUCUGGCCAGUCGGUGUGCACAGGGAGCCGCCAUCUCAGCUCUUGUUGGGUGGUUGGCUCUCCAGGGGACUAGGAAGGGCACAGCUAAGAGGGGGCAGGCCAGGUGGGGUGGGCUUGGGGCCUGCUGUUGCGUGGGACACAGCCUCACGCCUCUCAGAGCUCCCUCCACUAGCUGUGACCUUGACCCUGCCAGGAGCCCACUUCAGCCUCAAUGUCUCAGACUCUAAAAUGGGUCCAAGAAUUUUCUCUCCCUUGCUUGCCUCUCAGGAUCAAACAUGACGAUGGCUACAGACUACUCAAAUAAACAAAACCUUGAAAACCA